AUGGCCCAACCACAACCACAGACACAGCCUCAGACCCAGACGCAGGUUCAGGUGCCGCCUCGCGCCUUCUCUCCGCCGCAGCAUUCCCCGUCGCCCGCCGCGUCGCAGCCGACCUUUGCCCUCCCACCUCAGAAACGAGUUCGAACGGAAGGCCCUUCCUCUCAACCAGAAUCUCCCUAUGCUACAUCUCCCUAUGCUGCGAGCCCAGGCGCCACAGCAACGCCACCUGCUGCGACAGGAUCUCCUGCCUUUGCGCAAAGUCCUGCUCUACCACAGGCGUAUUCUACACCUUACACCAAUGGGCAUACGACGCCUGGCCUUAAUCUUCCAGACGUGCGACCGAAUUCGACGCCUCCGAUUCAACAGCCCCAACAACCGCAGACACCUGUGCCUCAAUACACGAAUGUAACGAUGACGCCUGUGCCACUUUCAGGUCCCGGUCAAUUGGCGGUUCCAACUCCUGGUCCAAGUGUGAUGGGUCCCCCACAGAGACCAGCUGAGCGACCGACAAAGGACUAUGAAUACGAUGUGACAGAUUCGCUUGCUGGUACGGGCAUCGAUCUUCGAGCUGAGGAGCAAUACAUGAAUGAUCUUUACGCGACCGGUUUCGAUGAAGCACGGACAGGAUUUGCUCACCAGCCACCUGGGCCCAAGUCAACAUUUUACGGUGCAGGUCCAGCAAAUCAACCUGCCCAACCCGUUCAAGACCAACAGCAGGAACAGUUUGCUGCACAGCAAGCAGAGAGGGCUUGGUCAGAGUCAUCGAUGCGACUUGCACUUCAGCGAACACAGGAAAUCAGUGAACCGUUUUUGCUGGUCGCCAUGCUGCAUCGACGUGCGGACAAGAUAGCACGAGAACACCAUUUGGGGCUGAACCUAGACCUGAAGAACAACAGUCAGACUAUGGGAAAGAUGAGACUUCCGGAACAGUUUGCUGCGCCAAAGGUGACUGUCAAGGUGACUCCAGGUCCAGAUUCGACCAUGGUUCACACGACAGGCUCAUACAUUCCGCACGAUGCUUAUCUGGUUGAUCAGCUAGCAUUAAUGUCGAUUGCUACGAAACAGAGACUCCGGGAAUUAGUCGAAGACGCGCAUUUGGUGGCAACGAACCGACAGAAGACGUCUCAUGGGGAUGUACCUGAAGAGUGGGUUCCAGCAGCUGCCCCUAUGAAUGCCGAGCCUCUAGAGCCCAUCGAGAAGCCAACCGACUCAAUCAAUGGUGUUGAGGCUACUGUGGAAAGCGCGGAUGGGGACAGCACAAAUCCGUUAAAACGCUCUAGCGACACAGCCGGGUUAACAAGCGGUGCACCUCCCGUUAAGUUACCUAAAGUAUCAUCUUACAUGACAACUACGAUGCGAGACCUUGCAAGACAGGAGCGUGACUGGGAGGAAGCACGACUUCGUAAACGACAAAAGCGCAAAGACGGAAUACCGGACUCUGGAAGCACAACUUCGCGUGCGGGCAGCGUGGCUCCCGGCACUCCCGGCACCGCGGCUCCGGAAGCCCCCAAGAGCAUGACUAAGAAGGAGAUCAAGAAGAACCAGCAGAUGAAAGCUGCUGAGAUCGAUAAUCAUCAGAGUCAGAACACAACCAGUAGUCUCUUUGCUGGUUUUGGAGGCAAGGGUGGUCUGUUUGGCAAGAAGAAAACAGGCAAGACGUACGACUGGAUGAACGUCGGACGCGGAGGCAGUGGAGCGAGCACACCAACCAGGAGCGCUCCAGGGCUUGGAAAAGGACCUGGAGGAGCCGGAGCGGCGCCGGCGCCAGCAAACAUGGCCAUGACCACUGAAGGACGCAACCGACUCGGCACAUGGAGGGAAGAUAAAGAAAAGGGGCGCAACAUUCAGCUGCGUGAUUGGGCUGCAGUACUAGAGAGAGAUGGACGAGAAGCCAAGGCACUUCAAAGAGCGUACCUGUACCUGGACGCCUCGAACCCCAAGUAA